UGGCGGGCAGCAGGGCGGGUAUGGGUCCGCGGGGUCGCGAGGAGCGCUGCCACCGCCGGGGGGGCAGCAGGGCUGGCAGCAGCAGAAGCGGUAAUGGGGGGUGUAGUAGGAAGGUGUAGGUUAUAGGAUGGAGAGAGAGGUGAGGCACUGCACCGGAGGUGGGGAGCAUGUACGUGCAAUGUGUGGGUGGUUAUGGUAGGUAGUUAGGAACUUAAGAGGAUGCGGCGGUGCAGGACAGGAAGGUUUGCAGCUGAUGGGGGCUGCAUUACGUCCCAGACAUCGCAGUCAGGCGAGGAGCGUUGUGUCCCGCUGAUUUGGGUCGGGAGUGUUUUGCAGACUGGCAGGGGUUUCCAGGGGUGCCCUUGAGAGAGGGGCGGGUAGCAAGGCGCAUAAUGCCAUGGUCACUUGUGUCUGUAGCCGUACGGUGGGGUAGAUAGCAACUAGGGACCAAAGUGACGCGUCUUGUAAUUUGUAUUUGUACGAACGUGGAGCACGAGCGAUGGGGGAAGAGGAGUGGGGAUGUGGUGGGCUACCCGGCCUAGGACUUAGGGAAGGCGGUUGCUUGACGAGGACAGCUGGGGUUGCUUCCUCAACGUAAUGUGAGCGGGCGCCUUCCCCAAUUGGACCUUGCAGCGGCACAGCACGUUACCGACAUUGUGCCUUUGAAGGACAUGCAUUGUGGCCGUCUUGGAUCUUCCCUUUCAGUGAUGGCUUGGACUUGUGCUUUGGGGUCCCGGUGCGCUGGUGCUUGCGCUCAAGUGUCGUUUUACAUGCAACAUCAGUUACAAAAAAACUCUCAUGUGCGGUGCUGCUGCUCUAUCAGUUGACCCAUCCACGCGGCUAGCAACAGCUGCCAAGCCUUAGCAGCAAGGGGAGCUGUCGGUUGGUUGUAGUACCGAAUAGGAAGCGGAAGUUACACUGGAGGACAGUAGCUGAGACCAUCGUCAGACGAACCGGCGACCGUUGCAAUUGUUAACGUCACAGUAGCGUCUGAACUAGUUGCGUAGAACCUUUGUCCGAAAGCAGCAUGUGACACCUCCUCCGAUUGGCUUUCUUACAAACACGGUCAGUUGAGCGGCCGUCAGCACUGCAAUGUACGCAAACUGAUUACAAAGCUCAGACGUUGUUCAUACAGAGGCAACAAUCUAACCUUACCUCACCUAAGCGGCCGCACAUUUUACAUCACCUUUCUAACCAAAGCGUCUGUCAAGAGUGUUGCAAUGCCAACCUAGGCUAGCGGAUGCGCAGCCAUCACCUUUCCCUUAGCCUGCGUUCUUCAGCAUACAGCUAAUAUAAACCGGGUGAUUGGAGAACGCAAAUGUCGCGUGGGAAUGGGCAGAGGAAGCGGAGACAUGGGGAUGACGUUCAUGGUGCUUUGGAGGCUCAUGUUCGUGACUUCCUGCAAGUCGCGUCGCUUAGGAGUCAGGACAAGAAGCUGUUGGCAUGGUCUCUGGGAGAACUGGCAUGGUUUUGCUACAACUGUGCUGUCGAGCAGCUCGGCGCAGGGAUGCCCGCAGUGAAGAAAGCCCUCCAAGAGGUUGACUUUUACCAAGCAGCAAGGCACAUCGCUUUGGAGCGGGACAUCCUAGAUCAAAUCCCCGAAGACGCGCUGCGUCGCGUGAGUUCCAAGAUGGCAGCUCGAUUCUGGGAGUCCCGUCUUUCGGAAGCCAUCGUAUCCUUUAUCGCGCUCGGCGCAGCAGGUGCAGAGGGCUAUCACGAGUUCAACGUCAGUGCUGCGAUGCGGUAUCAGCCUGCGGCCCGCACCAACACACCCUCUGCAGCGCCUGCGUAUCAGCCCACGACAGCUGGAGCAGCAUCCGCUCCCAGACGCCAAUCUGCUCCACCAGCACCCUCAGCAGCUGCAGCUGCUUCCAUCCCAGGCACCGGGUCUGCAGAAGCAGCCGCAGGCCCCAGCGAGCCCCCAGCCCGGCGAGCCGUCCGCAGCCACGGCACCCAGACCUGGGCACCUCCCAGCCCGCCCCGCGGCUACCCCAGGCCGCCGCAACCGGCAGCAGCUGCUGCUGCUGCUGCUGCCCCCAUUAAGCAGGAACCUCCGCCUGGCUCCGCUCCCGGCCCCAUAGCCCCUCCAGCUAGCGCCCAGGCGGGUCCCUCUUCCCGUCCACCAGCUGCCGCUGCGGGCCCGACGAGGGCUGCUGCGGGCCCGGCGGCGGCGGCCCACAACAGUGUUUCCGUUGCCGCUGCUGCUGCUCCCGCACCUCACCCCAGGGUAGAUGGAGGCGAGCAGCGGGCAGGAGGACGGCCCCGGCCUCCCCCUCCCGGCGGCGGCUGGGUGCCGGUACGGGACCGCAACCUACCACCACCGCCGCCACCGCCACCGCAGCAGCAGCCGGUGCAUGCUGCAGCCCCGGUGAAGGAGGAACAGCAGCAGCAGGAGCAGGAAGACGAGGAGCCGGUGCAUGCUACGCAGCAGUCGGCGCCCACGUACGACAGACAACAGCUGCGUCAGCAACUGCUGCUGCGCGCCCCGGCGCCGAUGGCAACGGGAGCAGCAGCGGCAGGAGCAGCAGCGGCAGGAGCAGCAGCGGCAGGGGCGUCAUCACAGCUACCACCCCCACCACAGCCGCAGCCGCAAUCCCAUGACCAUCACGACCCUCCUCGCAAUGACAACGACGACGACAACAGCGGCGCCCAGACGGUCAGCAUGGCGUGCCAAACCACGCCCGCUAGCAAGGCUGCUGCUGCAGCUGCCGCAGCCGCCGAUAGAGCUGGCUACAGCCGUUUCUAUGAGCCCGGCAACAGGCAGUCAAGCGUACCCUUUCCCCGCUUGCACGAGCAGCAGGAGCGGGAGCAGGCGCAGCGGCGACAGAGCUAUCCAGCAGCACAUCAGCAGGGACGCCACCACCGGCACGAGCAAGGACCACAGGCGCCACAGCCCGCACACCACCACAGACAGCAGCAGCCAGCAGCCCCUGUCGCAGCGGAGCAGGCAGCAGCCGGGCCCUCCGGAUCCCGACAUCCCAACCCAGAUCGCACGCAGCCUCAUUCCUCCCAGGGCCCCAGCAGCCACCACCAGCACCGCGACCGCGACCGCCGUGAGUCCCAUGCAGGCAGCCAACACGCCCCGGCGUCUAACCGCUCCACGGCGCCUCGCCCACCUCCCCCGCCGCCACCUGCUGCCCCCGCUGCCGCUGCUGCUUCAGCGGCUGCCUCCCUGCUGCCCCCACACCUCCGCCCCGCAGCAGCAGCAACCCAGGCAGCAGCAGGCGCCCAGACGUCCGGUCAACAGGGCGGCCGCCAACCGCAGCAGCAACAGCACCACAAUUACCAACAACCGCCUCUACCGUCCCAGCAGCAGCAACAACAGCAGCCUCAAGACCGGACCGGACCCCCAACAAACACCCACCAGCCCCAGCAGCAACGACAACACCCGCACCAAGAGCAACACCCACAACCACGCAUGGGCGGGCUUCGCGGCGUCCCACUAGCCCAUCGCUCCUCCCCCGCCGCUGCGGCCUUCCUCUCGCCUCCUGUUGACUCUUCCAGCCCCGACCCCGCCUCCACCAUCGGAGUUACGGUCGCUAGCACAGGCGUCAGCAGCGGCACCGGGACAGCAGCAGCGCGACGCGUCAUCGCCGCCACCACCACCGCUGCUGACGACCCACAUGCGGACGCGUCCAUGGCGGCCGCGAUGGCUGCGGCGGUGGCUAUGGCUGGGAGAGGUGCGGGUGCGGGUGCGGGCCCUAGUCGUCCGGGGGCUGCUGCUGCUGCUGGGGCCGCGGCUGCGGCGGCAGGCGGCAGCGCGGGAGGAGGAGCUGCAGCAGCAGCAGCAACGGAUGGCGGCGAGCCGUCCUUUCAGGCGCUGCGAGGCGAGUUCAACCGGCGACGCAACAAGGGCGCACUGGAGAGCAAGCUGCGGAAGCACCUGCAGAAAAUGGGCAACAGUAUGAUCAAGAAGUACUGCCUGCAUGACGGCCUGCCCUGGACGCUGCUGGACCUGGCUUGCUACGGGGUGGCCCUGCAGAAGCUGGCUCCCACAGCUCCCCUGGACUACAACGCAGCUGUCCGCUUCCUCGCUCACGCCAACGGCUGGCAGCCUGGCGCCGCCGCCGCGGGGCAUCAUCAUGCGGGGGGUGGCAGCGCUGCCGCCUCCCCCCAGCUCCCCUCAGCUGCCCUGGUGGAUAAGGUGUCCGGGGUGAUGCGGACGGCUGCAGCCAAGUACGAUCUGGGUCGCUUCAUUGAGAAACAGAGGAGCAAGAAAGGCGGGGGCGCAGCCGGCGCCGGCAACCAGGGGGUGGGAUCUGGAGCGGCGGCGGGUGCGCCGGCAGGGGCUUCCGCUGCGCCGCAUCAGCUGCCGUACAACCCACAAGAGCAACAAGGCCAGCAUGUACAGGCCAUGUUGGUGGGCGGCGCGGCAGCGCAUGGUGCAGAUCCAGCAGCAGCAGCUGCUGCUCCAUCGCAUCAUCAACAUCAUCACCACCAGCAGCAGCAGCAGCCCCAUCCCUCUCACCACCAAGUCCACGCCGGCGGUAGUGCCGCUGCCGCCAUGCAGCCCUCAGCUGACCCACGGGUCACCUCCCAGCACCGAGAACGGCAGAAGAGGGACAUCCUGGGCAUACAGCGCAGGUCGGGGAGCGGUGCGGACAUGAGCGGUCUGGAGGGGCGGCUGCGCGCGCACCUGGCUCGGUUGGGCAACAGCAAGCUGCGGCGUCGCAACGUGCGGGAGGGGCUGGGGUGGAGCCUGCUGGAGCUGGUGGUGUUGGACCGGGACGUGAGGCUGCAGCAGGGCUGUGACGCGCUGCAGGAGGGAGAGGUGGCUCGACGGCUGGCUCAGUCCAAGCUGCCGGCGGGGCAAGAACUGCCCGCGUCCACCCUGGCCUCGGUGUCUGCUGCCAUGCGAGAAGCUCAUGCCAAGUACCAGCUGGGCCCGUUUGUGGCGGCAGAGGUGGAGAAGCGGCGCAAACGGAGGAGGGGGAGCGGGGCAGCAGCAGCGGGAGGGGGGGCAGCGGCUGCAGGAUCAGCAGCAGCAGCAGGCCAGGUCUGAAGGCCAGAGUAGCCACCACCACCACCCCCUGUGGCAGCCGAGAUGGAGAAGAGGCAGCGCAAGCAGGGGGGAGUUCGUACGUCCCUGAGGACGAGAAGCGUGCGGCGCGGUGCGGUGCUGCGAACGCUGCGGGUGCGCAGAUAGACCGGCGCUUUUCUAUUUUGUUAACUUAUGGUGACUGCUGCAAGUGCGGCCCCUGGUACAUAGCAACAGACAUGACCUGGCCUCGCCUGGACGCAAAUCCGGGUUGCAGCUGUUAUAGUAGACCCGUUGUUUGGUGGGUUAGGGCAGCUGGCUAGCGACUGGCGGGCAGCGGAGCGGUGGGGGGCUCGGAGGAGAGGUGGUAGGGUCGCAUGCAUGCCGGGGCGCGCUACCGGACCAUGUUAGGGCCGCUAUUUCCUCCGAUUCCUCGGGUCCACGUCAGCCUGCGAGCUGAGCCCGGCAGCGAAGAGGCUGAUGGGCAGGCGUUGCAUGACUGGCUGAGAAACGUAGAAGAAGCAUUUGUAAAUAAAGCGUCAGGUGUCACCGGUUACGUCCCGUAUACAUCCUGGUUUUUGCGCGCUGGGAAGGCUUGAAGAGAAAGGAACUGGAGGAAUGGGACGACAGCAUGCAGGGGCGCGCUUGCAUUAUUUGGUGUAGGGGCUACAAGGGGGGAGCUCUAGGCGAGUGCGAAAUCCGCGGAAGUAUCAUGGGCCACUGUCGUCGCUGAGCCGUGUGACGUGUGCAAGUGGACGACGUUUAAAAUGUGCGGCGCAGGGCGCAGGUGCUUUUGUCGCGACACCACGGCUGUGUUAAUCAGUUGUUGGGGCUGUGGCGCGUGUACCUUGUGUGUAGAGGAGGUGCUAUGCGUUAGUGCUUCUGCCGUUCGUGUCUUUGCGUGGCCUUCAAACCUUAUCAGCAGCUUGUCUCACAGUCUCAAUGCAGCAUACGUAACACGGGCCGCGAUGCAUGUUGUUGUGUGCUACUGCCGUACGGGUGUAGGAGCCACACGUGUCGUUAGCGCAACCUCACACCACAGCUCACAGCUCAGCCACAGUGCUUGACGGCAGCACUGGUAGCGACGGCAGCGGCUCCACGGGUUAAUGUUUUUAUUACCGGUAUGGACGACGAUGGGUAUAUCAGUUUCCACAGAGCUGUAAAAACAGCCGUAGCCCCUGCUUAGGACAGGACCGCGUGACGAGAACUGCACUGACGAGGCAUGUGUACGACGACAACCCUU